GUAGUGAGAGAGAGAGAGAGAGAGAAUCUGGAGUUGAAGGGCCUGCGGAGACAAGGAGCAGAAAGGGAAAAAAUCGAAAAGGAUUUCUGUGUGUCAAGUGUUUUAAUCACAACUCGACUGAACUGCAGACCUUCAUUUUGCGUACCCACCCCCCUCCCCGUGCCCGACUCGACCGGAGUUACACCAAGACUCUGGUCCCGAGAGGCGGAUGUCGCAAGGAGCCGGAUAGCUGCGGCAGCAGAUGCGCGCUGCAUUGGAUAACUGAGAAGGAAGGACUCCAUGAAAGAUGACAGAGGAGGUCAUCGUCAUCGCCAAGUGGGACUACACGGCGCAGCAGGACCAGGAACUUGACAUCCGAAAAAACGAGCGCCUCUGGCUGCUGGACGACUCCAAGACGUGGUGGAGGGUGCGGAAUGCCUCCAACAAGACGGGCUACGUCCCGUCCAACUAUGUGGAGCGCAAGAACAGCCUGAAAAAGGGCUCGCUGGUUAAGAACCUGAAAGACACACUCGGCCUGGGCAGGACGAAGAGGAAGACGAGCGCCCGCGACGCCUCGCCGACGCCCAGCACCGACGCCGAGUACCCGUCCAACGGGAGCAGCGGGGCGGAGCGCAUCUACGACCUCAACAUCCCGGCGCUGGUCAAGUUCGGCUACUGCGCGGAGCGGGAGGACGAGCUGACGCUGGUCAAGGGCACGCGGGUGGUGGUGAUGGAGAAGUGCAGCGACGGCUGGUGGCGGGGCAGCUACUCGGGCCGGGUGGGCUGGUUCCCCUCCAACUACGUCCUGGAGGAGGGCGACGAGGCCUCGGCCGACCCCCCCGGCUUCCCGGGCUCGCGGGCGGGCGGGGGGGCGGCGCUGGCCAACGGGCAGGGCGGCGGGCGGGUCCUCCACGUGGUGCAGACCCUGUACCCCUUCAGCUCGGUGACGGAGGAGGAGCUGAACUUUGAGAAGGGGGAGACCAUGGAGGUGGUGGAGAAGCCGGAGAACGACCCCGAGUGGUGGAGGUGCAAAAACGGGCGGGGCCAGGUGGGCCUGGUGCCCAAGAACUACGUGGUGGUGCUGAGCGACGGGCCGGCCCCCGGGGGGCCCGGCGGGGCCCCCCACUCCCCGCAGAUCGGGCACACGGGGCCCGCGCGCACCGGCAAGUUCGCCGGCAAGGAUUGGUACUACGGCAACGUGACGCGGCACCAGGCGGAGUGCGCGCUGAACGAGAGGGGGGCGGAGGGCGACUUCCUGGUGCGGGACAGCGAAUCUUCGCCCAGUGAUUUCUCGGUGUCCCUGAAGGCCCCGGGGAAGAACAAGCACUUCAAGGUGCAGCUGGCGGAGGGGGUGUACUGCAUCGGGCAGCGGCGCUUCGGCACCAUGGACCAGCUGGUGGAGCACUACAAGAAGGCGCCCAUCUUCACCAGCGAGCACGGGGAGAAGCUGUACCUCGUCCGGCCGCUGCUGUGACCCCGCCCCCACGCCCCGCCCACGCCCCGCCCAGCGACAAGCCUUAGUUCUGGACUUUUCUCUUCGCCGAGCAGAGCGUCUCCAGGACCCCCCCCCCUUCCCUGUACACGCCCGAUUUCAGUUUUAACCCCCCCCCGGGUGGACGGGGCCAGAGCCACGAUGAGCCUGCUUCAGAGUCCGCCUCCAGGACCGCCUCCUCCUCGGCUCCGUCAUUGGCCGCAUUUCGUUUCAUUUAAUUUCAUUUUAAAUAGUCCACGCCUGUUUUUUGAUUUAAGUUCAUUUCAGCCUUUCCCCCACGAUCUGAUAUAUUUUUUUAAAACUAUAGAAAGGUCUUCACCAAGUGACCGUUGUUCGCAGUCGCUCGAUGCCUUGUCUGGUGACAUUUGUUCUCCGAGUUGGAGAAAGCAGAGAAGGGAGUGUUUGUUGAACGGAGGGAAGAGAGAGUUGUGUUUUUUUUUGUUUUUUUUUUUAAAUCCCCCAUGAUUCCAGUAUUAUCCACCUCCAGGUUCUCUUUGUUUCAAGCAGGUUUCUGUUACUUACAGUUCUUCUGUACCGCAACGCGCAUAAUCAGAAUCUACAGGAUCUUCUACGUGCCACACUGACCUCUGCGGUGUCCUUCCUGCAGGGUCAUGACCUCUCCUCUCUGGGGCUGAAAGACUGCAGCAUGACCGAGCGCUUCGUCACACCCAGGUUUUUACACUUCAGAUAUAGCGCUUUAAUAUACCGAAAGAUUGUAGGGAGGAAUAGACUUCAGAUGUAGAUAGAAAAACGAAUCAAAAAAUAAUGAUACGAAGAAGUGUUAUUUUGCCAGAGUGGAGGAGGAGCUCCCUCUGGUGGACUUUCAGAGGAAGUGCAGCUCAAGCCCAAGCUGAGGAAGUUGAAUGUUCGUCGACAUACAACCAAAUGUGCCACCCGUGAUCUGCGCGUCUCCGUGCUCUACUACUCCCGCCAGUUCCACAGUUCUUCUCUAUUUAACUCUCAGAGUAAAAAAAAUGUAUUUGUAGCAUAUUGUGGACACUAACUCAAGAUUAGUAAAAAAAAAAAAAAAAAAAAGAUAUGGUUUUAUUUGCAUCGGCGAUGUCUGUUUACCAAUGAGCGUCUGUUGAUCAUCUGAUUUCUGAGCUUUUUUAAGUAUAAUGUCUGAAUGUUAUUGAGGAUCGUUAUUUAAUUCCCAUUUCCACUGUAUGUAUAUUUAAAAAUAAUAAGAAGAAAUAAAAGGUGCAUAUAUAAAUCAUUUAGAUCUGACAUUAUGGUACUGUACCUCUGACAGUAUGCUGAGAAUGGAAAUACUUUUGUUCAAUUAAACGUUUUGCAAAACAACUGAA